CAACUGAUGGUUGGACAUCAACAGCAAUUGAUUCAUAUUUAACAUUUACUGCUCAUUAUUUUGAUGAUAAUUGGAAAUUGUAUAGUGUAACUCUUUCAAUUGAAGAAAUACAAGAAAGUCAUACGGCUGAAAAUUUAAAAGACAGUAUUAUGAAUGUUAUUGAGUCUUGGAAUUUAAAUAAUAAAAUAACGGGAAUUAGUCAUGAUAAUGCUGCAAACAUUUCAAAUGCUGUAAAACUAUUUUACGAUCAAGAUAUUUAUUCAAAUCGUUGUGCUGCUCAUACACUACAAUUAGCUGUGAAAAAAUGUUUAGAUUUAAAUACAUGUCGUCCUUUAUUAAAAACCGCAUCAAAAAUUGUUGCUAGUUUUCGACAAUCUUCUAAAAGAACAUAUGCCUUAGAAAAUUAUUUAGCUGAGAAAGAGUGCAAAAAACUUAAUCUUGUACAAAGUUGCCCUACACGUUGGAAUUCUACUCUAGGUAUGUUAGAACGAUUGUUGGAACUUCGUUCAGCUGUAGUUGUCAUUAUGUCUGAUCGGACACUUUUUAAUAGUAAGAUCGCGAAAGAUCAAGAAUUACUAGAAGAAGACUGGGAAAAAAUAGAAAUACUUGUUACUUUAUUGAAACCAUUAAAAACAGCAACAACAGUUUUAUGUGCUGAUCAAAAUGUCACUAUAUCAAUGGUUUUACCAAUUGUUAAAAGUCUUAUUGUAAAACAUUAUAAACCCAAUAAUCUAGAUAGUAGGUUUUCAACUCUAUUCAAAGAGACCAUUAUUCACGAAUUAUCAACACGUUUUUCUGUACAAAUUGAUGUUGACAACGAUUGCGAAAGAGAAAUUAGUAUCACUCAAAUGGCUAGCAUACUUGAUCCUAGAUACAAAAAUAUGUCAUUUGAAUCUUCCGAAAAUAUUAAAAAUCGUAUUAAACAAAUAGUACGUUCAAAAAUGGUUUUGUUAAGCAGAAAUACUGAUGUACGUAUACCUACAGAAAAACGCACAGCACUUGAUGAAUUACUUGAAGAAGAACCAAAUAAUGAUACUGACGAGUUUUCAAGGUAUAUGGCGGAAUUUCAAAUAAAUCAUAAUGCAGAUCCAUGUGCAUGGUGGAAAGAUCAUGAAAACAUUUAUCCAACGUUAGCCGUAUUAGCUAAACAAAUAUUAUGUAUACCAGCAUCUUCUGCUUCAUCAGAAAGAGUUUUUUCAACAGCCGGUAAUAUAUUAUCCCCAAAACGUAAUAGAAUUACACCAUGCCAUUUGUCAGCCUUAGUUUUUUUAAAACAAAAUAAUAAUUUUUAAUUAAAAAAAAUAAUUUAAGUAAUAUGCAUGAAUAUGUUUACUGUUUUGUAUGAAUUAUUGUUGU